UACAGAGCGCUUGGGAUGAUUGUCCUGCGGUGGGGAGACACCCAGCCGGCGGCAGGGGUCGUGACACUUAGCUCCUUGUGCAGAAGGCCACCCAGAGGAGGCAGAGGAGUCCGUAGAUCUGCAUUUCUCUUUGGCCCUGCAGUUAGGUCGGAAGCCUCUGCUUGUGGCCUCUUGGUCACUCCUGGAAGCAAGGCUGCGACAGCUAACUUAUGUAUUGGAGAUGUGAUCACAGCCAUUGAUGGGGAAGAUACCAGCAAUAUGACACACUUGGAAGCUCAGAACAAAAUCAAGGGCUGCACAGACAACUUGACUCUCACAGUCACCAGAUCUGAACAAAAAAUCUGGUCUCCCCUGGUGACAGAGGAAGGGAAGCGUCAUCCAUACAAGAUGAACUUGGCCUCUGAACCCCAAGAGGUCUUGCACAUAGGGAGUGCCCACAACCGGAGUGCCAUGCCCUUCACCGCCUCACCGGCCUCCAGCUCUGCCCCCAGGGUCAUCACAAACCAGUACAACAACCCAGCUGGCCUCUAUUCCUCUGAAAACAUAUCCAACUUCAACAACGCCUUGGAGUCAAAGACAGCAGCCAGUGGGCAGGAGCCUAACGGCAGAGUCUUAGACCAUUCUCAGCCUCCAAGCGGACUCGUCAUUGACAAAGAAUCUGAAGUUUACAAGAUGCUUCAAGAGAAACAGGAGUUAAAUGAGCCCCCGAAGCAAUCCACUUCAUUCCUGGUUUUGCAGGAAAUCCUAGAGUCCGAGGAGAAAGGGGAUCCCAACAAGCCCUCAGGUUUCAGAAGUGUCAAGGCUCCGGUCACCAAAGUGGCUGCAUCUAUUGGCAACGCCCAGAAAUUGCCCAUGUGUGACAAAUGUGGCACCGGCAUUGUUGGCGUGUUCGUGAAGUUGCGGGACCGCCACCGUCACCCUGAGUGUUAUGUGUGCACUGACUGUGGCACCAACCUGAAACAGAAGGGCCAUUUCUUUGUGGAGGAUCAAAUCUACUGUGAAAAGCACGCCCGGGAGCGGGUCACACCCCCUGAGGGCUACGACGUGGUCACUGUGUUCCCCAAGUGACCCAGCAGGUCUCCUUCUCUCCAUGCUCUGGCCCUCUCCUCUCCUGAAAGUUCUGGCUGACUUUGGUUUUAUCCUUGCUCAUUAAACACCACAUCUCCCUGCCUCUGCUAACUGACUCACUGGCUGUGUGGCACCUGCUUUUACAUUUAACAGAGGAUUGUUUUGUUCCACGUCCCCUUGCCAGCGUCCCUGGGUCUUCUCUUUGUCUCAGUUCAUCUUUGCUGCCAGUGGACAUCAACCACAUUUGAACCAAACCGAAUUGAAUAUGCCUGAUGUUGAUUUCGUUUUUACUCAAUAAAUUUAUAGACUCCAAGGCA